CCCGGGAAAGAUGGACUUCCUGGGUACGAGGGAGCCACAGGUAGACUAGGAGACAGAGGGUCCAAGGGAGAACGGGGGGACCCAGGGAUACCUGGAGCGAGGGGAGUCCAAGGAGAGAGGGGAAGGACAGGAGACCCAGGAAUAGUGGGACCUAUUGGGCCCCAAGGCCACCGAGGAGACCCUGGCCCCCCAGGUCCCAUAGCAUCACCAAGCCCUCUGAAUGAUGCCAACUCCAUGGAGGAAAUUAAAAUGUUUAUCCGGAAUGAAGUAUUGCGGUUGUUUGAAGAGAGACUAUCAAGCCAUGCCAUGCAGAAGACGCCGGCGGCCAUUUUAGCGGCGCAGGUUCGACAGGGUUCUCCCGGUCCCCCUGGCAACGACGGAUCCCCAGGGUCUCCGGGGGAAGAAGGCCCCCCCGGCCCUCAAGGGUACAGAGGUCAGAAAGGAGAGAGGGGUCAGCUAGGUCUGGGGAUACCAGGAGCUCCAGGUCUGGCAGGACCACCAGGUGAACCUGGAAGCAGUAUCCAGGGGCCAUCGGGCCCUUCAGGUCCCCAGGGACCUCAUGGUAAAUGUGAUCCCAGUGACUGUCUCCAUCCAUCCUCUCACUCCAGACGGAACGGCUAGGGCCCCCCCCUCAACUGAUAGGGGACCCUUCAAUGAAUAAAGGCCCUCUCAAUGGCUAGGGCCCAGGGGCCCCCUCCACCCAUCCAGCCUCCAUCUCUCUACAGCAGUCAACCAUAGGCACAGGAGCCGGGCGUGUGGAGCCUGAUCACUCAGUCAGCUCAUAUCAGACAGACAGUAUCGUCCUUGUGGUCAGUUUUACAUUGAAAACACACAUCCUCUGUUUCUGCUUUACAUGGGAAAGACUCAACCAGAAAUAGAUACAACAUGUAUCUCAACACAAUGGUGUAGGAUGAAAUUGCCCAUAGAUGCUGAUCUUGGGUCAGUUUUGCAUUUUCCCCACUAAUUGUUAAGGUUAGGUUUGGGGGAGGGGAAGCUAAUCCUAGAUCUGUACCUAGUGGAAACUUCACCCUGGAGCGCUCACAACCGCCUUUCGGUUUUCUUAUGACCAUAGAAGCAUUGAAAUGCAAUUAUGUGUUACUUUACGUUGAUGGUUAUUCUAUUCAUUUGAAACGUGUUACAGUCCAUUAUUAUUGUCAUUGUAGCUAUGAUGAUCAUAUGAAGCACUGUUUCAUUUAUUUCUUGUUUUCACACAGCUCCCCUGCUCUGACCUGAUGCAUUCCAUAUUCAUUCACAUGAAGUCUUUCGAGACCUUAAAUUCAUUUGUUUCUUUAAAUAAUACUGUCGGGAGAAAACAUUUUCUUCAUGAUUUAAUAAUGCUUGUUUAUGGGGACAGCUAUGCACACGUUUGGUCUCAUUUGAUAUUUUCGUUGUGUGUGUGUGUGUGAGCUGGUAAACAGGCAGUCUGAAACGUGUGUGUUUGUGUAUGACUAAUCAAUAUUCUUUGUGUGAACUGUUUAUGCAAAGUGAAGGAGGAUCAUGUAACAUGAAAUAUAGUUCUGAAUAUAUAUUUCAUAUAUUAAUAUAUAUUUCCUCAAUGAAUGGGAUAUUUGUGAAACGUUUUAGAAGGAAGCUAGCUACAUGAUUUGAUCCAUUUACAUAACAUUAUGAAUAUCUUGUCGUGUAAUUCAUUACUAGAGCUUUGUUUAUGAAUUUUAUGAAGUUUUGAGAAUGCUAAAUAUUCUGUGUUUCAAACACUACCAGUCAGAUAUAUUGCAUGAUACUGUUGUAAUUGUAAAGGGAUGGUCUUGUAUCAAAACAGAAUACUGGGUUCCUCUCUCGUCACCCUACACUCUCGGUACUUUAUGUGAGGCGUUACUCAGUGAGAUCUCUCCACAUACUAUACACCUCAACAUGUAGUGUUCAUAACAGACUAAUUGAAUAGCCUGCUAGAUUGGGUUCUGAGUUCUGAUAUUAUUCAACAGGUAACAUCGCCUGACUGUUGCCAUAUCUCAAGACAACCAGCACAACAUGAUCAAGGGUUAAACACUAGCUUAAUGCCAACUGAAUGUAGUUUGUGACGGCUUGGUCAAGUUGACAUUUCUUCCAUGUACAGUUUGUGUGUAAGUGUGUAUAUUAUGCUAAUGUCGUAUCACCUCACGUUCACGUGAAGUUAGCCGCGAAGACUUCAAUGUAGAUUUCUUGCAGUCAUACAUAUGGCUAACAUGAAGUAGGACAGUUUCCCUUUAUCCAUGGUCUUGUCUCCAAAGAGGGCAAACAAAUACAUGUCAAAUACUACAGUGAUUGAUUGAAGUUGCCCAGUACAAUGAAACCAAUAGAAUAUGGUAGGAUCGGAGAUGUUGUUACAUCGCUGCUCUUUUGGCAACAUGGUCUCAUUAGAAUAUGUCAAAACAAUAGUGCCAUUUAACUACAUAGGCAUCUGUCACUUCUGUGGACGUAUUACUGAUAUGUCACUAAAUUAGACGUCACUUAUAGUGACAUAUUAGCUACUUAUAUGUCACUAUAACGUCGGCUUAUGUGGUCAGAUUCAUGAUGUGAGUCAGCUUUUAUUGUUUACAUGGAGUAUACAGCUGAUUCCUCUAUCAGAACUGUGUGUACAUCAGUCUACAUGGGUGCUAUGUGUAUAUUUAGAUUGUGAAGCCAUAAGAGGUGAUCUUUCUUAUCUAAUAACAACACUGCAAUAUUUUACUUCUGAGAUUUCUUUCUUUGUAUUCUUGGUGGGUCUUUACUUGAACUCUUAUUUUCUGAAAGUGUUUUUAUUUUUUAUUUUGACAAUAUCUGUACAUUACGGCUCAGAUACAUAUUUCUCCCUCACCUGUUUGACCAUGUAGCAUUGUUUGUCACUGUAUACAUAUAUAUUAUGUUGGUGUGUUUUAAGACUGCAGUUAUUUAGUUAUUUAUUUGUUGUGUUUCUGAUUGGAAAGUAAUACGCUAAGAAUGAAGGACAUUAAUGAAAUAUCUCUGUACUUCUCCAAUGUUAUCAGAGUGCUCUCUCUGUCACUCAGGCCUCAAUUCAAACAAACAUGCCCUUAGGUGUUUCAUUUUGACCCAGUGACCUAAAACCCGGUAAAAACACCCGGUAGACUGUCAUCAUAGAGAUCGAUAAGAUGUGUGUUUCCAGACGCAUUCAGUAGUUAAACAAAGGUACUAUACAAUAACUAUAUUAUGGUCGUCUCCUUAAACCGACCCUAGGCAGUACUGGAUACAUUGUGGGAGGCAAUCCGUCUGCCUUGGGAGCAGUACUGGAUACAUUGUGGGAGGCAAUCCGUCUGCCUUGGGAGCAGUACUGGAUACAUUGUGGGAGGCAAUCCGUCUGCCUGGGGAGACUAAUACUAAUGUCGGUUUGAUUAGAUCUGGACCCUCAAAGGCAAUUAUUUAAGUUGGAGAAAGUACGUGGGUGGAGCUGACACUUUGUGAUGUUUAAAUGGUCUCUUUUGCCUUCUUUUAUCGGUCUAAGGCACUGCAUCACAGUGCUUGAGGCGUCACUACAGACCCGGGUUUGAUCCCAGACUGUGUCACAGCCGGCCGUGACCGGAAGACCCGUGAGGCGGCACACAAUUUGUCCCAGCGUUUUCUCCGACACAUUGGUGCGGCUGGCUUCUGGGUUAAGCGAGCCGUGUGUCAAGAAGCAGUGCAGCUUGGCAGGGUUGUGUUUCGGAGGACGCAUGGCUCUAGACCUUCACCUCUCCCGAGUCCAUACCGGAGUUGCAGUGAAGUGAUGGGACAAGCCUGUAACUACCAAUUGGAUAUGACGAAAUUGGGGUUAAAAAGGGGUAAAAAAUUAAAAACAAUGUCACACUCCUGCACUCCCAUUUCUUUGAGUUGGAGAUUUUCUCUUAGUAUUUCAGAGAAUCAAAUUGAUCGAGGGUCUUUGAAGAUAGCUUGGUGACAGUGGAGGCUGCUGAGGGGAAAAUGGCUCAUAAUAAUGUCUGGAACGGAACAAAUGGAAUGGCAUCAAACACAUGGAAACCAUGGAAACCAUGGAAACCAUGUGUUUGAUGUAUUUGACACCAUUCCGCUCCAGCCAUUACUAUGAGGCCGUCCUCCCCAAUUAAGUUGCCACCAACCUCCUGUGCUUGGUGAUAUGUAUGGCUCAGGUCAUGAUAUGUCAAUGAGGUAACUGCAUAUUCAACCCUUUGACUUUUACAGAAGACAUUAGCUAAUUGGUUAACAACAUUGGGGCAUUUCUUUAUUUCCAUGUCACACUGUUACUGCAUGCUCGUUUGGUUGGCAUCUCAACGUGAACAUUUUAUGUGGCUCAAUGAUACUGCCGGAAGUAAGACACAAAGGCUGCGUUUACUCAGGAAGUCCAAUUCUGAUUCUUUUGCCCAAUUAUUGGAAAAAGAUCUUAGUGGUCAAAAGACCAAUAUUACAGCAAAAUAUCAGAAUUGUCUGCCUGUGUAAACACAGCCAUAGGCAGAAUGACACAGAAUAUGGUGAGCUGUGUCUCGUGUCCUUACUUCAUUUGUAAGUGGACAGGGCCCUCUAGUGUUCAUUAGAAGAUUGUUUGCUAUACUGAUUAAUAUUUAAUUUCAAAUAAUGAAUCCUCUGAUGUGUUGUAUUAACUUGUACUAAUUUCCACAUUCCAACACCCGUCCUUAGAUGAAUGAUGAUGGCUUGAUGUGGUUAGUCUGUUAGCCUUGAAACCAAGCUGAGAUGUAUCCUUUCACCAUUGUGGAUUUCAGGCUAGUAGUAUGUUAUGGUGUGUGUUUUCAGAGCAAACUCUCUUGAAGGAGAUCGGUGAAAGGUCCAAUGCACCUGUUUUUAUCUAAAUAUCAAAUCAUUUUUGGGUAACAAUUAAGUACCUUACUGUGAUUGUUUUCAAUUAAAAUGGUCAAAAAGAAACAAAAAUAGCUUCUUAGCAAAUAGACAUUUCUCAAGGAUGAAUUUUGCUAAGACUAUAUACAUAUCUAUAUAUAUAUAUAUUUGACUGCAGUGGGCCUUUACUUCAUAGUCAUGAAUGGUUUUUGACUGCAGUGGGCCUUUACUUCAUAGUCAUGAAUGGUUUUUGACUGCAGUGGGCCUUUACUUCAUAGUCAUGAAUGGUUUUUGACUGCAGUGGGCCUUUACUUCAUAGUCAUGAAUGGUUUUUGACUGCAGUGGGCCUUUACUUCAUAGUCAUGAAUGGUUUUUGACUUUCAGUGGGCCUUUACUUCAUAGUCAUGAAUGGUUUUUGACUGCAGUGGGCCUUUACUUCAUAGUCAUGAAUGGUUUUUGACAGCAGUGGGCCUUUACUUCAUAGUCAUUAAUGGUUUUUGACUUUCAGUGGGCCUUUACUUCAUAGUCAUGAAUGGUUUUUGACUUUCAGUGGGCCUUUACUUCAUAGUCAUGAAUGGUUUUUGACUUUCAGUGGGCCUUUACUUCAUAGUCAUGAAUGGUUUUUGACUGCAGUGGGCCUUUACUUCAUAGUCAUGAAUGGUUUUUGACUGCAGUGGGCCUUUACUUCAUAGUCAUGAAUGGUUUUUGACUGCAGUGGGCCUUUACUUCAUAGUCAUGAAUGGUUUUUGACUUUCAGUGGGCCUUUACUUCAUAGUCAUGAAUGGUUUUUGACUUUCAGUGGGCCUUUACUUCAUAGUCAUGAAUGGUUUUUGACUGCAGUGGGCCUUUACUUCAUAGUCAUGAAUGGUUUUUGACUGCAGUGAGCCUUUACUUCAUAGUCAUGAAUGGUUUUUGACUGCAGUGGGCCUUUACUUCAUAGUCAUGAAUGGUUUUUGACAGCAGUGGGCCUUUACUUCAUAGUCAUGAAUGGUUUUUGACUGCAGUGGGCCUUUACUUCAUAGUCAUGAAUGGUUUUUGACUGCAGUGGGCCUUUACUUCAUAGUCAUGAAUGGUUUUUGACUUUCAGUGGGCCUUUACUUCAUAGUCAUGAAUGGUUUUUGACUUUCAGUGGGCCUUUACUUCAUAGUCAUGAAUGGUUUUUGACUUUCAGUGGGCCUUUACUUCAUAGUCAUGAAUGGUUUUUGACUGCAGUGAGCCUUUACUUCAUAGUCAUGAAUGGUUUUUGACUGCAGUGGGCCUUUACUUCAUAGUCAUGAAUGGUUUUUGACUUUCAGUGGGCCUUUACUUCAUAGUCAUGAAUGGUUUUUGACUGCAGUGGGCCUUUACUUCAUAGUCAUGAAUGGUUUUUGACUUUCAGUGGGCCUUUACUUCAUAGUCAUGAAUGGUUUUUGACUGCAGUGGGCCUUUACUUCAUAGUCAUGAAUGGUUUUUGACUUUCAGUGGGCCUUUACUUCAUAGUCAUGAAUGGUUUUUGACUUUCAGUGGGCCUUUACUUCAUAGUCAUGAAUGGUUUUUGACUGCAGUGGGCCUUUACUUCAUAGUCAUGAAUGGUUUUUGACUUUCAGUGGGCCUUUACUUCAUAGUCAUGAAUGGUUUUUGACUUUCAGUGGGCCUUUACUUCAUAGUCAUGAAUGGUUUUUGACUUUCAGUGGGCCUUUACUUCAUAGUCAUGAAUGGUUUUUGACUGCAGUGAGCCUUUACUUCAUAGUCAUGAAUGUUUUUUGACUGCAGUGAGCCUUUACUUCAUAGUCAUGAAUGGUUUUUGACUGCAGUGGGCCUUUACUUCAUAGUCAUGAAUGGUUUUUGACUGCAGUGGGCCUUUACUUCAUAGUCAUGAAUGGUUUUUGACAGCAGUGGGCCUUUACUUCAUAGUCAUGAAUGGUUUUUGACUGCAGUGGGCCUUUACUUCAUAGUCAUGAAUGGUUUUUGACUGCAGUGGGCCUUUACUUCAUAGUCAUGAAUGGUUUUUGACUUUCAGUG